AUCACUUACUAAAACAAAGUACAUCGUAGGAGAAACCCGUCGCCACACAUUUUUGUGUAAACCUACUAAGGAUGGCUGAUACCAACUUGGCUGUGUCCCAGUGGAGUCCAGAGUAUGUACAAGAGCUUUCCCCGGCUGCCCAAAAGAUAGCGCUUCUCUACUAUCUCUCUUACCUGUGCCUGGGCAAGUUCAGCAAACUGGAGAGGAUCGUCAGGAGUCGCGCGGUGGAAACACAGACUCUGUUCGGCUCCUCUGAUGCAACUUUGAUGAAAUGUGUUUUGACCAGUGAUAACCUGGUUAAUACGCUGUUUCCCAUGUUGGUGAUAGCUGUGGAGAAGAAGAAGCCGACUUUGGCGGUCAAAAUGCUAGGAAAAGCAGGAGACUGGAUCACAGACAUUAUCACUGAUGUGAAAGGGUUAGUGCAAAGGUAUGAUUCACACAACACAGAUGUAUCAUCGGCCGCCAGUGAUGUUAUCCAGGAAAAAGAAGAGACAAAUAAAAAUAAGGCAAAACAAGACCAAGAGUUGAAGGAGAAUGAAGAAGCCCUGGGUAAUAUGACACAAUUAUGGAAUGAUAAAACAAAAGAGAUUGUUGAAAUCGAUCAGAAGAUAAGCAGCAAAACCAAAGAGAUUCAAGAUUAUGUCAGAUCCAUAACGGAAACAGAUAGAGACCUCGGCAUCGUCGCUGCAUUCGUUCCAUUCAUCGGGGCGAUUAUUAAAAGCAUCUAUGAUCGUGUAAAAGAUCCUGAUCAAGUUGCACAUUUAAAGGCUCUUGAAGCUGAACUGAAUGUCCUCAUCGCUGAGAAGACUGUUCUGAAACAGAAGCAGUGGCAGCUCCAACUCCAGAUCAUUGAUUGGCAGAUGAAGGUUGCCAGAGCCAGUUUUGAACGGAACUCCAUACCCGACCCCAUCCUUCUUGACAAAGUUCAGAAAAGCUUGUCACAAAUUCAUGGCAUUCUGGUUGAUGUCCUAAACUUCUGGAAGGAUGUUGAAAAUAGGCUGGACUCCCUGAAACAGAAGACCUUUGCUGGAGAAGAUUUCCUUGAAGAAUUUGACACAUUUAAAGAUAAUUUUAUUGAUUCAAUCCAAAAAGCCAAAGAGGCUUGGAGAAUUUUUGCUGUCAGCUGUCAACAAGCAUCUGUCAUAUUUAGGCUCCAGACCAAAGAUGCCUACAAGUUUCUGGAGAUCAAUCCUUCCUCUCUCUCUGAGGAGGAGUGGGAAAGAACGUACAAAAGUGUAAAGAAACAACUGGAGGAAAUUGACAGACCACAACAAAGAGUGACAUCCACUGUUGGUCCAACCCACGCAGCCCAACUCAGACAAACAUCCACUGUUAGACCUGGUCUUGAAUGAUCAGAGCGCUGACACACACACACGAGUCCUCUUUGAGUUUUCUGCCUCAUGAUGCUGUAAUCUGGGAUGAUGAUGAUGAUGUUUAGCCUUUAUAAACCCUGUACUUGUAAACCGCAGAGUUCUGUAAUCCUUUCUACUAAUGCCUAAAACACUAUAUACUCCUCUCCAUAUGUAUCAUCUCUUUAUGAGCUCUUGCAAAAAGACUCUUGAUGAAUGGAUAAAAAUGGACGAAUGCUUUAUGAAUAAAGUCUAAUAACAUAA